CGCCGUAGUAAUAGAUUUUCAACAUGGCGGCGUCCAUUCUGGCAAGGAGGCAUUGUGCACUGGUGUCAUGUCUCACUGUGGCCAGAAGACAGUAUGCUUCCAAUCCUCCAUCUCUGCUCACAAAGAUCCUUCUUCCAUUUAAUGAGCGCUUUCUUGAGGUGGAAUACCUCAUAAGAUUAAACAACUGGUUCAAAAAACGGGAUGUGAGACGUAAAAAUUUGUUCUAUGAGUAUGCACAGAACAAAUAUGGCGCCAAUGUCGCAGCAGCAUACUCCAUUCUGAAACUGGGAGGAGGCUUCAGGUUUGCUGGACAGACGGAGUGGUUCCGUGCCAAUUCAACGGGCAAGUUUAGUUUUGACUUUGUAAACACACCCAACUCCACUAUAGAGGAGAUUGACCUGAGCGGGACUCUGAUAAACCAUGCUGGAUUGCACAACAUCGCGAGUCAGCGCAAACUGCGUACCCUCUCAGUGCAGGGCUGUCCGGAGGUCGAUGACUGGUUCCUUGCUCGCUUGCAUAUUUUCAGCGAGACCCUUCAGGAGUUAAAUUUAUCCCACUGCCCUUGUAUCACUAUUGGAGGUUUAUCUGCACUGCAACACCUCAGGAAGCUGCAGCUGCUGGAUAUAUCUUCGCUCCCACAGCUGCAGAGUCCAGGCCUGGUGCACAUCCUUAUCGAGGAGAUGCUGCCUCACUGCAAGGUCAUCGGUGCUGAAUAUGAUCAGGGACUCGAGAGCCAGACAGACAAUAAUAAGCCCACAGAUGCAGACUCACUGAGACAUGCUCAGACGUAACAGGACUGUAAAUGCGGAUACAACGCAUCUAAUGGCACCGAGCUUCAUGAUAAGUUUUAUGUAAUUUAUGUGAGUGAGGGAUAUUUGUGCAGGGAUUGCUUAUACACACAGAAAGCAGUACUUACUUGUAUACUUGUCUUAUGUAGCUUGGUUAAAAGUCCUAGGACAUACAGUAAGUGUACCUAAAACUUGUAUCUUUGGCUGGUUUGUAUAUUGUACAGUAAUGUUCCUGACAGUGUAGACUUCACAUGAGAAGUGUCAAAGCAGAUAUAAAGUGAGACUACUGUCUGCUGGAAAAAAAUGCUCUGACCAAACACCAGCUAGGCCAAAGUUAGUUGUACUGGUAGACCAUCAUUCCCAGGUAAUAAAUGCUAUUUAAAAAGUUUCUAAGAUACUGCUGUUAAUACUAGGUUAUAUUAAUAUAGGUAUACUAGCAAAGCAACAUAGAGGUGGACAUGGUGGGUUAGUGGUUAACACUGUCGCCUUGCACCUCCAGGGUCCAGGUUUGAUUCCGACCUCUGGGCUGUAAGUCAAUGGAGGGACACUCCUUUCAUGCAUGUUCUUCCUGCAUUUGGUGGGUUUCCUCUGGGUGCUCUGGUUUCCUCCCACAGUCCAAAGACAUGCAAAUUAGUCUUAUUGGCUUACCACAAACUGCCCCUAGUGUGUAAAUGAAUGUGCGUAUGUAUGUGUGAAGAAUUAGCACCUCACCUCGUACCCCAUAUCUUCUGGGAGACUUCAGCCCCC